GAGGACCGAUAGCAGCUCAAGAAAGGCAGUCGAAGACUCCUUUUCAUCAGCACCUCCCAGGAGACAAAGAUGGCCUCUUCUGUUCACCCCCGUGUCUUGAAACUGACCAAGCAAGACGGCCAGAGCUAUGGCUUCUUCCUGCGGAUCGAAAUGGGAAAGGAGGGACACCUGGUGCGCAAUGUAGAGAAGGGGGGCCCUGCAGAGCAGGCUGGGAUGAAGGAUGGUGACCGUGUCCUGAGAGUGAAUGGGGUCUUUGUGGACAAAGAGGAGCACACCAGGGUGGUGGAGUUGGUUAAAGAGAGUGGACUGUCUGUCACCUUUCAAGUCCUGGACGAGGAGUCCUAUGAGAUGGCAAAGGAAAAAGGGAUCAGCCUGUCUGAAGAGGGGCAAGCAAGGCCAACACAACAGCCAGUGAUGAAUGGAGUGGCAGGUGCGAUACCAAAGCCCAAACUGUGCUACCUGGUUAAGGGGGAAAAAGGAUAUGGAUUCUCACUGACAUCUAUGCGGGGUGUUCAAGGGAUGUUCUUGUCUGAGGUAGACCCCUCUGGGGUUGCAGCAAAGGCAGGUGUUCAAAACAACGACCGGCUGAUUGAACUUAAUGGUGAUAACGUUGAGAGCUCCAAUCAUGAACAGAUUGUAGAUAAGGUGAAGGCCUCUGGCAACAGCGUUGUGUUUCUGGUUGUGGACAGGGAGGCUGACAGGUACUACAAGAACAAACAGAUAAAGCUGGCUGGAGGGAUGGCCACCGUGAAGCACCUUCCACAUAAACCCCGCAUAGCGGAGCUCACUAAGGGCCCCGAUGGCUAUGGUUUCUACCUGAGGCAACAGCAUGCUAAGCUAGGUCAUUUCAUUAAGGACAUAGAUGCUGGCAGUCCAGCAGAUAAAGCUGGACUGAAGGACAUGGACAGGCUGGUGGCUGUGAACAGGGACCCUGUAGAUUCCUUGGAGCAUGAACAAGUUGUGGAGAAGUUCAGGCAGUGUGGCAAAAAGUCUACUUUACUGGUGGUGGACGGAGAAACUGACCAAAUGUAUAAGAUGGCAUGCGUAUCUCCAUUGCUGUACUGGGAUGAGGUCAUGGAUUCUCACAGUGAAGCUGCAGAACCAGCCGCGGCCACCCCCAGUCAGGAGAGCAGCGAACACAAACCCAGACUCUGCCUGCUGGAGAAGACAUCAGGUGGCUUUGGUUUCCAUCUCAAUUCAAUCCAAGGACUGUCUGGCCAGUUUGUUAAGGAGGUGGCUAGUGGAAGUCCUGCAGACAAAGCUGGCUUGGCAGAUGAUAACAUCGUGAUUGAGGUGAAUGGGGACAAUGUAGAGAACAAAUCGUACGAGGAGGUGGUGGAGAUGAUCAAGAAGAGUGGCAACAGGCUUGAAAUGUUAGUAAUCGAGAAGGCCGCCUACGACUACUUCAAAGAUAAGAACAUACCCAUCACCAAAGCUCUCAUAGGAACAUCAAAGACAAACAAACCAGCCACUCCCCCUGUCAAGGCAAAGGAACCCAAAAAACAGGAAGACCACCCAGCUCCUGCCCCAGUCACAGCCAAAGCUCCAUCUCCUUCUCCACCCCCCUCUCCAAUCCUAGCUGCAAACCUGACUCCACCCCACUCUCCAGCCCCAGCUGCAGCCCCAUCACAAGAUAGUCCUAAGGAGACAAGGAAGAGAUCAGUCUCAUCUUCAUCCUCAGCAUCAGAAGGGGAUGAUGAAAGGUUCUGAAGAGGUAUCCGUUGAAAAGCCCAGCUAACUUCAGUACAGCAGUACCUUUUUAACAACGGCAGGAUUUGUUAAGAAGAGCAUUGACUUUGAAAAACCUUGAUUUGGGCCAAAGAGGACAUUCACCAAAACACAACCAUUUCCAAUUGCAUUAUUCUAAAACCCUAAAGUGUAGAAAUGCUCCUCAGCUACACAGUACAUACAAAAAAUACUGGAAUAUCAAGAUACUCAAUCUUAGAUAUUUUAAAAUCUGAAUACAUUAGAGCAGUGUACUGCUGGAUUAAUUUACUGCCUGCUUGUAAUUUACCACUUAGUCCUUGCUUUCUCAGUAUAUUAGCUUAGAAUUGUAUAAACGUGUUUCACCUUUUCUCUACAAAUCUGUUUAUGCCUUUUACAAUAAUACAGACCUUGUAUCACUGGUUAUAGUAUAACCCAGUUUUCCUGCUUUUCUUUAAUAAUCAAUGUGUUCUCUCUUAACUUAUCCCCCACUGUAUCCAUUUACUAAAUUCUCUUUCUUCUACAUGUACAGUGCUUAGUGGUAAUGCAGAACCAUUUGCUUUCAGUAUUAAAUUUACAUCUGUUUGUAUUUACUAUUUUAUUACAGCCAACACAAAUUUUGUCGACUUUACCUAAACACUCAUGUUCAUUUUAAUGGUUUUUUUUUGUUGUUGUUGUUGUUGUUGUCAUUUUAGAGUCUAAUAUUCUAGAUGUUGGCUAUAGAAUUUAAACACAAUGAACUGAAACAAAAAGAAACAUUUUGUGCAAAGUAUCAUUUUUAAUAUUUACAUCUCUCCAGGACACUGCAUGGUGGUAGGUACAAUAUUUAAACAUUCGACAUGCACUACACAUGUGGGUGACCAUAAUAGUGCAUUGGACAUGAAUCAAGAUAUGUAAAUCUAAUUAUGAUAAACGAUUGUCAAAAACAUUAUUUGUGGUGCAUAAAAAAAAAUACAAAUACUACGGUACCAAACACUCAUUCUCUAAAUACAAAACAUGGGGAGGGGUUUUUACAGAAUGAGGUAGAUACCAUUAAUACUGGUAACUAAAAGUAAAGAACAAAACAAGAAAUCAUACUGACAGGUUGCAAAAAAGCAUUGUGUGUAUUUUGAUUUGUGUCAAUCAAUAAACUUAUGUUAUUCAUUUAAAAAAGA